CAGUAGCUGCCGAGAAGAAAAAGAAGACGCAGACGAAGAAGAAAAAAACACAAAGAAGAGAACGCAGACGAAGAAGAGGACGUAGACGAAGACGAAUAAUAUUAAUAAUAAUAAUAAUAAGAAGAAGAAGACGCUUUCUGCUAGCGGCGCAUCGCCAAGCGGGAUCCGUGCGAAAAUGUGCAAAGUAGAAGCGAUCCGAGCGCUGCUGAACGCGCGGCUGAGUGCGGCCGUCGAAGAAAUCUGCCUUGUGCUGCGAAGAACCGUCGCAGAGUACGAGGAGGAACUUUGUCUCGCGAAAAAGGAGAACGAGAGACAACGUCAGCAAUUGGACGCCGUUUGCAGGCUGCGGGGAGAACCGCGAACAGCAGGCAAAAGUCGAGAUCUUCACGUUGAGCAAGGCGAGGAAGGACCGCAGCCUGCGCACGUUAAACAAGAAGAGCGGGAGGAUGAAAUCAGCACGUUGCAGUUGGCUGGUGCGAUUCUGAAGCGCGAAGACGAUGACGGGGACCGCCGCCGAGGAUUCCAAUCGGAGGGCCGAUCGGCUCCGCCGUCGGACACCGACGCCGCGACGUCACGCUCCGCCCACAAUGACGACGGUAAUAAAAACGUCACAGUUUGCGGGCGGUAUGCUGUUUGCAACCACGACCGCUAGACGACAGCAUUGCCUCGGUCACGGCGUUCCACGACCGGAUGAUGUGUCGAAGGCAACAGGAAAUAAAAAGCAGAACGUCCAUCACAACUGCACUUCCAUCCAACAAUCCAAGUUGGAGUUUAUUGUCCUGGUCAACUUGUGUUGAAGCUUCUCGAGUGAGUUUAUCUUAAUUUAACUCGCUAGCCUCUCACAAAAGAGACCGCAAGGAACGAAGCGUGUAAAAAUGUGGCCAAAAUGUAUGAAAGAAGAAGAAGAGGACCCGGAGGAACUUUGUCAGAUGAAAGAGGAGCCCCGAGACGUGUCACACGGAGCAGUAGACGUUAGUGAGGGAGGUCUUCCUGAGCAGCAGGAGCCACAGUGGCACAACAUUAAAGAGGAGGGGGAGGAGCCAGACCUUCCUCGCAUUAAAGAAGAAGAGCAGGAGUUUCCAUUAACUGAUGUUGUUAUGAAAGGUGAAGAUGAUAACGAUGAAGAAGAAGAAGGUGAUGGCGACUCCAGUGGUGGAUCACAAGCAGACGGCCUCUUUGCUCCGCUAUCACACGACGAUGACAUAACGUCACGCUCCUCUGACGACGAUGAACAAGACUUUAAAGGUGACGGAACAUGUCCCCCUGAGAAAGAAUAUUCUCAUGGUGGCAAAACUUUUUACGGCAAAUCGUUGUUGAAAGGAGAUGAGAGAAGAAGACUCGCUCGCGAAAAAGCGUUUGCUUGUUCAGUUUGCGGUAAAACAUUCAACAGAAAGACGACUUUAACGACGCACGCAAGAACACACACGGGAGAAAAACCUUUCGCCUGCUCAGUUUGUGGGAAAACAUUUUCUGACAAGACAAAUUUCACGACGCACGCGAGACUGCACACCGGGGAGAAACCUUUCGCCUGCUCGCUUUGCGGCCAAAGAUUCGCUUCAAAGGCCAAUUUAACAGGACACACUAAAACACACACUGGUGAAAAACUUUUUGCCUGUCUAGUUUGUGGCCAAAGAUUCUCUUUAAAAAAGAAUUUAACAAGACACACAAGAACGCACACGGGAGAGAGACCUUUUGCCUGCUCAGUUUGCGGCAAAGGAUUCUCAAGAAAUACACAUUUAACAAGACAUACAAGGACACAUGCUGGAAAAACAGGUUUGCCUGCUCAGUUUGUGAUCAAAAAUACUCAAGAAGGGGAAUUUUAAGAAACCACAAGACACACUGCUUGUAGUGUGUGUGAUGAAAUUUUUUUUUUUUUUUGUAAGGGUGCGUUUAAGAGACACGAAUGUGCAGUUGGGAUGAGCAGCAGUCAGUGAUGUGGUGUAAUAAACAAAGGCUGCGUUUGGACUCACAACUCACUUCCUUUUUCUGAAUCACUCCAGACAAGUCGGGAUUUUAUUUCGUGGAUUUAACUUGGAGACAUUCCGAACGUGAAAGUGCUGAGAGACGGAAAGUUGCUGAUCAUAAUUUAAAAACGAGGAACAAUGAACGACAAAAAGCCGCAAAACUUGCAAACAAAAUGCAAAUCACAGGUGAGUGAGAUCAAAUUAAAAAUAGAGACGUUGGAAAAGGAUUGAUAUUUAUCAUAGAUAAAUAAAUAGAUGAGGAAAGAUGAACAAAUGUUUGAGAAUGAAAGAUUUAAGUAAAUACAUGUAAUCUUAUUCUCAAAUGUGUAACACAUAAAUACUGUUUACAUAUUUUAAUCAUUCUGGUACUCAGAUACACAUACAUUAAAAUUCCU